AUGUGAGCACGCUGUGCUUCUCACCUGUACUGUAGUCUCAAGUUGCACACGGACACAUGCUGAUGUCAAGCUUUUUUAGUGCACUUAUUUUGAGUCCAACAGCAGCUCCUCGUGUGUGUGUGUGUGCAUGAGGGAGGCACUAUGCAGUCAGAGCUCCACACACACAGAGCAUGCCUGUGAGUGCGGGCUCGGGCAAACAUGAGCCUUCCCAGCCCAGAGAUCGUCCACAGCAGCAGCCUGAACUCCCGUCUGAGCCCCCCUCUGCCCUCCCCCUCUCCUCUCUCCCUCUCUCGCCUCUCUCUCUCCCUCUCCUCAUCUACUCUCGCCCUGCGCAGCCUCUUCCCCGCCACCUCUCCAGCACCAGCCGGGGGGACAUCUCCCGCUCUCCGCACGCCGACGUCUGCCGAGCGCCGGCCGGCCCCAUGGAGGAACCCCAGGGCAACACACUGGUCGUCCGCGUAGGCAUCCCUGACCUGCAGCAAACGAAAUGCAUGAAGUUUAAUGUGGAGUCGCCCAUCUGGUUGUCUAAACAACAAAUCCUCUGCACACUCAACCAGAGCCUGAAGGAUGUGCUAAACUACGGCCUCUUCCAGCCUGCGUACAACAGCAAAGCUGGGAAGUUCCUGGAUGAGCAGCGAACACUGAAAGAAUACCCACUUCCUGCCAUCUCUCCUGUCCCAUACCUAGAGUUUCGCUACAAGAGGCGAGUGUAUACACAGACACACCUGGAUGAGAAACAGCUGUCGAAGCUUCACACUAAGGCUAACUUGAAGAAAUUUAUGGAAUAUGUUCAGCAAAGGAACGUUGAGAAGGUAUCAAAGUUUCUGGAGAAAGGGCUCGACCCAAACUUCCACGACCCAGAGACUGGAGAAUGUCCAUUGACAAUGGCGUCGCAGCUGGAAGGUUGUGCAGAGCUCAUAAAGGUUCUGAAGAAUGGAGGAGCUCACCUGGAUUUCAGGACCAGAGACGGCAUAACUGCCCUUCACAAAGCAGUCCGCACCAAGAACCACACGGCACUUAUUACGCUGCUGGAUCUGGGCGCCUCUCCGGAUUACAAGGACAGCCGUGGCCUGACUCCUCUGUAUCACAGCUCUAUGGUGGGGGGCGACCCGUACUGCUGCGAGCUCCUGCUGCAUGAUCACGCUCAGGUGGGCUGCAUGGACGAGAACGGCUGGCAGGAGAUUCACCAGGCUUGUCGUCAUGGACAUGUGCAGCAUCUGGAACACCUGCUGUUCUACGGAGCGGACAUGAGCGCUCAGAACGCUUCUGGAAACACUGCCCUGCACGUGUGUGCUCUCUAUAACCAGGAUAGCUGCGCGAGAGUGCUGCUGUUCAGAGGGGCGAAUAAGGAGAUUAAGAACUACAACAGCCAAACUGCCUUCCAGGUGGCUAUUAUAGCUGGAAACUUUGACCUGGCAGAAAUUGUAAAGACUCACAAAGCAUCAGAUGUUGUGCCUUUCAGGGAAACGCCUUCCUACACAAAUCGCCGGCGCGUGACCGGAGGCGACACGCUGACAUCAUCACGCUCGCUGCCUCGCUCCGCCUCCGACAACAAUCUGAACAACGUGGCUGACACAGGCCCCGCCCACUCGCCCGUGCUGUCUCUGAGGAGCCUGCCCCCUCUGGCACAUGCCGGGAUCGACGCCGCGGCCGAUGGCAGCCUGCAGAGCACUGGCAGCUCGCUCUCCUCGCACUCCCGCUCGCCCUCCCUCCAGCGCGUCAGCGAGGAGCCCGGCACGCACGCAGUACGCCGACACACAUCCCUCACGCACUCCCACAGCCGCGGACGCCUCAGCCCGGGGACGGUCCAGCGGGACCCGAGCCCUCCUCCCGCGGGGCCCUCGCACACACUCUCAGGAGCCCGGGGCCCCAAACGGAAACUCUACAGCGCCGUGCCGGGGCGCACCUUCAUCGUGGUCAAACCGUACACGCCGCAGGGAGAGGGAGAGAUCCAGUUAAACCGCGGAGAGAGGGUCAAAGUGUUAAGUAUAGGAGAAGGGGGUUUCUGGGAAGGGACGGUGAAAGGAAGAACCGGUUGGUUUCCUGCAGACUGUGUGGAGGAGGUACAGAUGAGACAGUUUGAUCCUCGACUUGAGACGAGAGCGGACCGAACCAAGAGGCUGUUCAGACAUUACACUGUGGGCUCCUAUGACAACUUUACCUCAUAUAGUGAUUACAUCAUCGAGGAGAAGAACGCUGUGCUCCAGAAGAAAGAGAAUGAGGGAUUCGGCUUCGUCUUGCGGGGAGCAAAAGCGGAGACGCCCAUUGAAGAGUUUACACCCACACCUGCCUUUCCUGCACUGCAGUACCUGGAGUCUGUGGAUGUUGAGGGCGUGGCCUGGAGGGCGGGGCUAAGGACUGGUGACUUCCUGAUUGAGGUGAAUGGUGUAAACGUGGUAAAAGUGGGACACAAGCAGGUGGUGUCACUCAUACGGCAGGGCGGGAAUAACCUCCUGAUGAAGGUGGUGUCAGUCACACGCAAGCCAGAGUCUGAAGAGUCAGUCAGGAAGAAGGCGCCCCCGCCUCCAAAAAGAGCGCCCAGCACCACCCUCACCCUGAGGUCCAAAAGCAUGACAGCUGAGCUCGAAGAACUAGCCUCUGCAAGGAGGAGAAGGGGAGAAAGACUAGAUGAGAUUUUGGCCUCUCAGGAGACAGUACUGAGGCCAAAGGUGGAAGCAGACUACAGAGCCGCAACGGUGAAGCAACGUCCUACUAGUCGCAGAAUUACACCAGCAGAAAUCAGUUCUCUUUUUGAGCGGCAAGGACUUGCUCUCCAUGGUGCUCUACACCCAGCGUUGGAAAAAGCCCACAUGCAGCUGCCGAAAAGCAUGGCUAGAACAAAGUCUUUUGGAGCAACUGAAGAGGAUCGGCUGUCUGCCCUGGCAGCAGAGCACAGGUUUCCGCGGAGCUCCUCCAUGACGGACAGCCUGAGAGACAGCCAUAGUAUCCCUCCACCUCCUCAAACGGCUCCCCCACCUCCCCCCUCGCUUUACUAUCUAGAUACUGGACCCCCUCCUUCGUUCUGCCCACCCCCUCCUCCUGGCCGCAUUCACGACCCCAGCCGUUCCAGUUUCAAACCAGGCUCUGAACCAAGACUGCACGCUUUGCCACAGACAAUGUCUGCUGAGCUGUUUGAGCCGCCUCGCCAUGCCUCCCACAUGGAUCGGCAGAAGAAAGCCCGCUCCAUGAUCAUCCUGCAGGACUCCUCCCACCUUCCCGUGGAGCCUACUGACAUCCCCAGGCCAGGUUCUGUUUCAACUCCGCCCGAAAGGAUCAAGAGGAAAGGUCGGGUCAUCGAUAACCCCUACGCCAAUGUGGGCCAGUUUAGCGUGGGCCUAUUCACGCCGCCUCUGAGCAAGCCACAACGGAGGAAGAGCCCGCUUGUAAAGCAACUCCAGGUGGAAGAUGCUCAGGAGAGAGCCUCGCUAGCACUGGCAUCCAUCCAUGCGAGAGAGCACUCUCCCUCUGGGCGCCUAGCUGCCCACCAUACCAGCAGGGCUGAUUUCUAUCAGCAGCAGCAGCAGCUGUUGCAGGAACGCAGUCAAGCUCAGGCUGAGGGACUGUUGCAAGGAAAGAGACCUUUCGCUGCCGCCAUUGCUGAUGCUGUGAAAGACCGGGAACGUCGACUGGAGGAGAGGCGGAAAUCCACAGUCUUCCUAUCAGUGGGCACUAUGGAGGGCAGUUCGGCACCUCCCCCAGAGGCCCCCUCACUCACACCAUCCCGUUCUGUUGAUGAACGAAUGCUCACACGUGAACUUGGUCAGUUGCCUCCUCCCGCCCUGGCGUUGCGACCCUCUCCUGGGGGCACCACCUUCAUUCACCCACUGACGGGCAAGCCCCUGGACCCCAACUCUCCAUUGGCACUUGCGCUGGCCGCAAGGGAACGGGCAUUAACCUCCCAGAGUCAGUCCCCUUCAAGCAGCCCAGAGCCCAGAACUAAACAUGAAGCUGCUGGAGGGGUGCUGUAUAUGGAGACCCAGACCAAAAGGGCUGAGCGGUCACAGGGUGAGAGGGAGUUUGCCUCACCUCCCUUUUCCCCUGCAACGAAAAGAAUUUACGAGACCUCUGCCCCCACCAGCAAAAUCCAGUGGGGAAGUCCCAUAUCCACCAGGAAAGAGUUAGAAACAAGGACAGAAUCGAAGGAGCAAAGGAAAAUUGAGGACAAGAAGAGUAUGAUCAUCAGCAUCAUGGACACGUCUCAGCAGAAAACUGCUGGGCUUAUCAUGGUUCAUGCAACAAGUAAUGGGGAGGCCGUGGGGCCCAGCCCAGAACACACUGUCCCCUCUCCCUCUCCCAAGGGGGCAUUAUCAGAGAGCCCGAAACCCAUGUUAGCCGAAAUAAAACGCGCCAAGUCCCCUGGUCCCGAUGCUCCUUCGAGAUCCACCCCGCCUCCAGCCACAGCUCCAACUUCCCAGCCACCUCCCAGCCCGUCCUCAGAUAAAACCCUGGCACAGGGUAGUUCUGAGGAGGAUGUGGAACCCUAUACGGUCACAUUGCCACCUGCCAUGCUCUCUUCCAGUGACGAGGAGACGCGUGAGGAGCUCCGCAAAAUCGGUGUGGUUCCUCCACCGGAUGAAUUUUCCAAUGGCCUUCUUGGAAAGGCAUCUGCAACUGCAGUACCUCCUGCUCCUACGUUGGCGCAGACAACCCCUUCUGCCCUGCCCUCGGCAACACCCCCACCCCCCGCCCCUCCAGCAGCGGUCGCCGCAGCAGCACAGGUCCCCGCUAGCAGUGGCCCGCAAGCAGCCUCAGGGAAGCCAUCUGAGUCCCACCUGGGCCCAGAGUCUGCUGCUGACUCCGGGGUGGAAGAGGUAGACACUCGUAGCUCCAGUGAUCACCACUUGGAGACCACGAGCACCAUCUCCACCGUCUCCAGUAUGUCCACACUGUCCUCGGAAAGCGGCGAGCCCACGGACACCUACACCACCCACGCAGAUGGCCAGACGUUCAUUCUUGAUAAGCCGCCAGUGCCUCCAAAGCCAAAGCUCAAGUCCCAGCUCAGCAAGGGCCCGGUGACAUUCAGGGACCCCCUGCUUAAGCAGUCAUCUGAUAGCGAACUGCUCUCACAGCAGCACGCGGCUGCGCUGGCUGCUGCUGCGGGAGCCUCAGGCCCGGCCAGACCCCGCUACCUCUUCCAGAGACGCUCCAAGUUAUGGGGGGACCCCGUGGAACCCCGUCCGCUUUCGGGGGCAGAGGAAGGCAAGCCCACUGUGAUCAGCGAGCUCAGCUCUCGGCUGCAGCAGCUGAACAAGGACACGCGCUCACUCGGGGAAGAGCCGCUUGGAGCUUCACUUGACCCCGGAAGGAAAUCGCCCGUGGUCGGUGCAAGAGCUGAAUUUGAGGCUAAGCCCAGAAGAGCCGGGCACCUGUACUCUUCAGCAGUUUGGGGGAGCUCCAUACUAUCUCUCAGAGAGGCUACGGCACCACCUACACCAUCAGACCAGGCAGCCGCUACCCAAUGACCCGGCGGACAC